AUGCGUUCUGUAUGUGCCGAUGAGUCUAUUCCAGCUGACAGUAAAACCGAUGCUGCACAUCCCACUAUUGAGGGGCUCUCUGCAGAAGGGUCGUCGAGCAGGAGGCAAUUGUAUAGAAGACGGUCGUGCAUACUCCCUAUUAAACUCAGUGAUGGCGGUACUGUGCGUGAAUGCCACAAGCCAGCGCAGUUGGAUUUUGAAACCCAUCUCCCCCACAGACCCAAUAGCAUAUGCAAUGGUACCGCAGCAAUCCCUAAGAAGGAAAGUCAAGAAGACGUAUUCUCACAGGUGCGGGUUGUUGGGGGCACAAAACUCUUGAGGCGAGUGAGCUUUGCAGACAUUAGCCAUAGUGCUGAUACCGAUGCCACUACCCAGGCUAUACUGAAAGCCUCUUCGCCAAGUCGCUCGCGCCCUAUAUCCACCGAGCAUGUUACCGAUGACAAGACUAAGCAUGCGGGCGGUACUGGGCCCUAUCAGCGUAGGUCUGUGGUUGAUGGUCAAAUGUCUCCCAGUUCAUUUACCCGCCCCAUAGCGGUUCCAAUUUCUUUGGUGUUUUUUGGGCGUGAAGCAGCAAAGCAGCCAAGCAUAGAUCCCCCAGUCAGAACUCUUGUCACUCCUCGCACUGGUACACUACCUGACACAGCACAAGCUAUGGGAGGCUUUGAGUACCCUGGAAGUUUCGAUGCAACAGACAGUAAUUCACCACAAGAUCUGAAUUUACCAGCACAGCGAAGGAAUGUGUUGGCCACAGUAUCGUAUGCUGUGGGUGACGCAAUGUUCGAGCCGAUAGUCAAUCCAACAAACAAUGCGCGGAAGGCGUAUAUCCCGAAGCAGAAUGAUAUGUCGGAGAACAUGUACCAGGAUAUCGCUCUGGAUGCGUCGUUUCAGGUUUAUCGAGUGAUGAUAGUAAGGAACAAAGCGAAGAACGAGGAGUUGCAGUUGAAGUAUGCGAUCAAAUCAAGUUACUUGUGUAUACUGAAACUGACUGUAUCUGGCGUGGCGUUAGUGCCGGUAAAGGCCCGCUUGACCGGUGCUGGAAUCCCUAUAUAUAAAUACAAGAACUCAAAGCGAUCAAUCUAA